AUGGAGUCCUGUGCUCUGCUCUACCGUAGCGGUAGCAAAAAAUUGGAAGCGGUACAGCACGGUAGUCAUGAGGCCGCAAAACCCGCGACCACCGGGAGCAAGGAAGCUGGAAAAGCUGCCACACAGCCAAAUAGGAGCAGUGCAAAACAGGCUACAAAUGAGGCGGCCGCGGAGGUUGAGAGGAUGCAAGUGGAUGAGGUUGCGAAACAACCCAGGGGAGGUGUGCUAUCACCACUGCUAUGGAGCCUUGUUGUGGAUGACCUAUUAGCACAGCUAACUGACAAUGAUCCGCUGCCAAGGGUAUGCGGACGCUAUAGUAAUUAUAGCCAGAGGGGGGAGCUGGCGGAACAGAUUGACGAUUCGACAUUCUGCACAAUGAAUGACGAAGCCCCCACCAGAGUUAUUGGUACCUGUAGUAGCUCGCCUCAUAUUACCAUUGCUAGUGGUGGUCUGAUAAAUAGCAUAACCCGGCGAUCUAUGCUAACUCUUGCAUUAGACCAUCUGCCCAUAAUUAUCUCGAUCGAGAAGCUUCCUAAUUUCGUUUCUGUGAAUAACCGUACCUUCAUUAACUUUAACAAAGCUAAUUGGGUUGGCUUCACAGAAUUUACUGAGAGCACCUACAACGCUCUACGUACGUAUGCGUUGGCGAACGUCAAUUCCGUAGCAGUUACCGCUCUCCUCAUCCCGGCUGGAAGAAUAGCGGAAAUCCGCCCCAAUUUCCCAGCCGAAGCAGCCGUUUUAGCUAAUGAGCGUGACACUUUACGUGAUGCUGAUCCCGGGAAGCCCCGAAUAAGGGAUCUCAAUUUGGAGAUUUGGCGUAUGGUAAACCAUUAUAGGCGGACGAAAUGGAUAGAGCUCCUGAAGUCCUGCAACCUCUCCACCGGGGUGAAUAAGCUUUGGGCUACUGUCAAAGCUUUGUCUAAUCCGCAAAGACAUGACGACCGAGUUGAAGUUCAAUUCAAUCAGAUAGUUCGUGGCCUCAACCAGAAACCACCCUGUGAGAGAACGAUCCUCGUAGCGUUGGAUUUGUCAAAACCUUUUGACCCAGUCAACCACACAACGCUAAAAGAAAGUCCGUUAUAG